UGCAGCAGAGCUUGAAUCGGAUCAUCGGUGCGGGUCAGAGAUGCUCGUGUUUUAGAGGCAUCAGCAUCAGUUUGUGUUGCAGUGAAAGGAAUGAGAUCAGAGCAUCAAUGUUUCACUGGGGCAAGUGGAAGAAGAGGAUGGGCGCCAACAGUUCAUCCAAGAGACCGGUGUUCGACGACAAAGAGGAUGUGAAUUUCGAUCACUUCCAGAUCCUCCGAGCCAUCGGGAAGGGGAGUUUUGGGAAGGUGUGCAUCGUGCAGAAACGGGACACAGAGAAAAUGUACGCAAUGAAGUACAUGAACAAGCAGCAGUGUAUCGAGCGUGACGAGGUCCGGAACGUCUUCAGAGAGCUCGAGAUCCUUCAGGACAUUGAACACAUGUUUCUAGUGAAUCUCUGGUACUCAUUCCAGGAUGAAGAGGACAUGUUCAUGGUGGUUGACCUGUUGUUAGGAGGAGAUCUGCGGUAUCACCUGCAGCAGAGUGUUCAGUUCACCGAGGACGCUGUUAAACUCUACCUGUGUGAGAUGACGCUGGCACUCGACUACCUGCAGAGUCAACACAUCAUACACAGGGACAUUAAACCCGACAACAUCCUGCUGGACGAACAAGGUCACGCACAUUUAACGGAUUUCAACAUCGCUACAAUAAUCAAGGACGGCGAGCGAGCCACAGCCUUAGCGGGUACCAAACCUUACAUGGCCCCAGAGAUCUUCCAGUCAUUCGUGAGUGGAGGAACAGGUUAUGCAUUAGAGGUGGACUGGUGGUCGUUGGGUGUGACGAUUUUUGAGGUGCUGCGAGGUUGGAGGCCGUACGAUAUUCAUGGCAGUAACUCUGUUGAGUCUCUUCUGCAGUUGUUCAGUACAGUCAGUGUUCAGUACAGCUCAGCAUGGCACAAAGAUCUGAUCGCACUGCUGAGAAAGUUAUUAACUGUAAACCCAGAGCAUCGCUUCAGUAGUCUGGCUCAAAUGCAGACGGCUCCCUACCUCUCCGAUGUCAGCUGGGACGAUGUGUUUGAGAAGAAGAUGGAACCCGGCUUUGUUCCCAAUAAAGGUCGUCUGCAUUGUGACCCGACCUUUGAACUGGAAGAGAUGAUUCUGGAGUCUCGUCCACUUCAUAAAAAGAAAAAACGACUCGCCAAAAACCGAUCAAGAGACAACAGCAAAGAUUCACAGUCUGAGAACGAGUAUCUUCAGGAGUGCCUUGAAGUCGUCCAGCAGGAGUUCAUGAUCUUCAACCGUGAAAAAUUGAAGCGUCGUCAGGAGGAGGGCGGGAUGGGAGCAGACAGCGAGGGAGCAGAAGGAGAUCCAGAUGGGGAGGGCGAUGAGGCUGAGGGAGGAACAGAAGAUGAAGAGGCAGAGCUCGAACCUGAGACCUCCAAACUGAGCAUGUGCGGUUCAGUGUGCUCAUCUCCUGGAAGCUGCUAGCGCCCCCUGUUGACCUCAGUGGUGACGGUGCGCUCACCAUGCCUUUAAACUCCCUCAUGUUCCACACGAUGCUGAGAAACGUGUUCACAAGACAGACCCGCACGCCUCUUCGCGACACAGGUGAACACGACACAAUUCUCAGCCUUCUUCAUGUGUUCCAACUGACCUGUUUCGGUGACAUCCACGCCGCCACCAUAUUUGUGACCAUCAGUGGGAGGAAACAAUGGCGGUGAAUGGAAAAACACCCGAAAAACGAUAUCAAGAAAAACAUCAAAAAUGACUUUUGGUCCAUGCCAAGUCCCAGGAAAAGUUCAUAGAGGUCUGGAGACAGCACAAAUAUUGCCAAAUUGAACUUUCACGGACAUUUAAAGAUAUUUUAUCCACGAUUCAUCUCUGUACGCCGGCGAGUCUGAUGUGUGACCGGCGAGUACACACGCCCACCGGUAAACAUCUCUCAUUCAGAAGUUACAAAUGUUUUUGUGUUGUUUUCUGGUCUGAUUUAGUCACAGUAUUAAAAAAUGUAUUUGAUGAUCACGUCUGUAUUAAUGUAAGAUCUGCUUUUAAAUCCUGAAGAAGAAUUUUGUUGCAUCUCACAGCGCAGCGCAAUAAAGGUUUAUGGAAUAUCGGUCACAAACAUGGCGGCGCGGUCAUACAGUGACGUCACAUGAAACAGGUCAAUAGUGUUCUUCUGUCCCUAGAGUAAGUUUGAACUAUGCAACAUAACUCUUCAGCAUGAUGUAAAAUAGAGAUUUUAGAGGCAAUUCAACAAAGACUGUAAGCUUGAGUCUGAGGACACACUGAAACUGAGCUCACACACAGUAUGAGAAUAAUGACUGAUGUUUGGAUUUGUGGUUUAGUUCAUUUGUCUCUGUCAGACACAGACUGUUUAUUUGGUGUCUAGGUCAGUCUAUAACAGUUUAGUAACCGGUAAACUAACAGCUGAAUUACUGAUGACUGACUCUAGAAAGUGAUCCAUUGGAUGCUGAUUUGGAAAAUAAUAAUUAUAAGGCACGUUCCAUAAAUAGGGUACACUUGGGUGUCUCAUUGUUUUUAAAACAUUAGAGGCACAACUCCCAUGUUCUUGUAGUUAAACUAUUAUCUUACAGAAAUUUCACUUGGCAUGAAAAGUAAUAGAGUUAUCACUUUACAAUAAGGUUGUAAUCGUUAGCAAGGCUUAAAGGAAUAUUCCGGGUUCAAUACAAGUUGAGCUCAGUCGACAGCAUUUGUGGCAUAAUGUUGAUUACCACAGAAAUUUCACACCAAGUCCAUUUUUUCGGUACGAAUGGUCGUUCCGAAUGAGCUUUUGUAUGGUAAAGGCCUCAAUAUACUUCGAAAUCGAAGAACAAAUGGGUGUGGCGUCAUUUAGAACAAAAUCUGGCCAAAAAGGUCAAACGUUUUUGCGUUCGUUUCGGUGGUUCGUAACAGCUCGCCAGGGCAGACUUUUAGGAAAAUUUCUAUUUGGUCCACAUCAUCGGUAGGUGUGACCUAGAGCUCCACCUACCUUGAUGCCGACAGCAAGUUCUGUUUAUGUUGUUUAGUGAGUCAAAAUGAGUCGGCAUGAACACGUUGACGCAUAGAGUUAUUAGCCACCUGCUGCAACACCUACAUCUGUAUAAUUGUUCGCUUAAGAGAUAUUUUCCAAGACCAUGUCAUGUGAUUUUGUUUUGGUUAAUUAGUCUACUAAAGGAAUCAGAUCUUCUCAAGAGCCCAUUAACUCAUGUGCCAUCUGCAGCGAAAGCCAUUCACACAUCUGCCCAAAGUAAGAUAUGCCCAUGAUCAUUCUUUUGUCUUUAUUCUGAACAUUAUCACUUUUAAACACUUAUCUUUGCAAUAGUAUCAGUGUCAUUAUAAAUCACAAUAACAGUGUAACCAGUGCAUAUAAUGGCCACGUAUAGCGUGUGAAUGCAUGAAUUCAGAAUGUAAACAAGACAAAUUAAACAUUUUCUACUGCAUAUAUAUUACUUUAAGUGAUUAAAACAGCUUCUUUUACUGACCUCAUGUGAAGUCUACUCAUAGAAUGAGGCAUAAAGUCAUUUUUAAGGUUUUAUAUAUAGUGUCCUCAUAUUUAAAUGUACCUCUAAACGCCUCCCACAGCGGCGUGACGGGUGUCUGAAUGUUCGGAAACAGUAUACCGUUGCAUGGCUGUUUAGAACUUCUUUUUACCCCUGAACGAAGAACGAAAAGGAACUUAUCCGUAAGUAUAUCAAGGCCUUAAUGGAUUCUGAUGGCGCUAUUCACAUCGGGUCCGACCAGUUGUCCGCCGACAAUCCAAAGGUUUUUUACGGAGAGCGUUCCGAUUUUUUUUUUUCUUCGGACUGCGAUGCGGGGGUCAUAAUGUUUCAUUACAACACAUUACACAAGGCAUAAUAACAGUUAAAAUUAAUGCACAGAUACAUAAAAAAGUAUAUUCAAUGUAGGGAUGCCGUGGUGUGAGUUUUUGGCGGUUAGAUUAACCAUCUGAGAAAAAAAAUCAUGGUUAACCGGUUUUACAAUUAUAUGUACAUUUUCUUAUUAUGCAACAGCACUGAUGCAAAAAAUGCAUAUCACAUAACAUCAGCCGCGGGCCGUGCAUUUAAAGUCUAGGACUUCAGCGUGAUUCAUGCCAUUAAGAAAACACAGUUUCACAAUGAAUAAGACACAGUAUGCCUAUCAUACAUUAUGUGGCAGUCAACUAAUAAUACCAAUUGACAUUUUAAAAACACGUCCACGCACGAAUGCCAGAACUUGAAACGACACUUAAUGCUCAAGCAAGUCUAAUUUUAACUGCAGCGUGACUGUUUUGUGAAAUGAACAUCAAAAAUCAUAAUUUUUCAUAUGAAUCUACCAAGGAGGUCUAUAAUACCUGGACAAGUCUAUCUAAUAAUAUUUGCGAUUUAAAUGUUGCUUGCAAUAAAUUUCGUUUCAUCAGGGUACACGGUUAUGCUGCGUUCCAUUCAAGUUGGAUGAGGGAUAUUCCUACUUGAUAUCUCCAACCAUAAAUGCAUCCCAUUCCCCGAUAUUCGGAACUGCAACGCUCCCGUUCGCUUAGCAGGGGUUUGACUCUCAUUAGAGAUGUCUCCUAGCAACCCAACUGAUAAACAAUACUGCAGCGCUAGCAUUUGUGCUUCAGGUGUACGAUUAUCGAAAGAGAUUCUAAUGUUUUAUACACCUGUUUCGGCAGGCGUUUGUUAAACAAGCUUUAAUCUCUUGUAAUGUGGAAACGAACACAUUUAUCGAUAUUACUUAAUAAAGUGAAUGUUUAUCACUUACUGUGUAUAUCUAUAUAUAGUGUUGACAUGUUUGUGUGACAUCAUGCCCCUGCAUCUCGGUGAAAUCCGAGUUGAGAAUUUCUGCAUGAGCCUACAAGUUGUAAUUCUGACUUCAAGAUGCAUUCCAUUGCACUUUUCCUAGUAGGAAGUUGUAAAUUCUGACUUUCCGAGUUGAAUGGAACGCAGCACUACUUUUCAAAACUUGAUUGGACACUGAAUGCUCAAGCAGCCUAAUUUACACUUAGAAAACUCCUGAUGUUGCUAUAGCAAUGCAAAAAGCACUUACCAAUUUACUUGAAGUGAAAAUCUGUCCUCCUUUCCUGAUUAAUAAAUUAAGCAAUCACACAGUCACGCAGAACAUCUCGUGUUUUUAAAUCCAUAAGGAUCUCUUUCUCAAUGGCGAUAGCGGCAGUGAUGACGAUCUUGCGCUCUUCGCUUUCAAAUUACGCCACUUAAAGCGUGAUUACGUCACUCAAGUCCAGCUAGAAGGCCUCGACCGGGAUAUAUGCUAAAGAUCACACCCACCAAAAACAAAUCAAUCAAUCUGAUUGGCUGAUGAAUCUGACAAUCUGACUUUAGUCGCUCAUUCAUUUGCACUGUUGAGGGAUUCUGUAGAAAUUCGGAAGGCCUGAGGGGGUGGAGCUCAAACUCACGUGCUGCUUCCGGCAUAUAAUGAUUUGUGAAACAGUUGUCACGCUUCCCUUGUUAUGCAUCAAGGAAUAAAUUCUGACUGGAUAAACUUUUCAUUUUUCUCUGUUUGUUUGUAGAUUAAUUAAGAGUGGAAAGUGAUUAAAAAUACAUAGGCAAAAAGGUGAUUGAGAAUGAAAGGAUGAAAAAUAUUUAUUUAUUUGGCAUGUUAGGCCAAAUAACACCUCAGCAUUACCUAUAAAAGCAUUUUUAAAAAUCCUGCAUCCUGUCCAGGAGAUCAGCAGUUACAGAAAUACUCAAACCAGCCCGUCUGGCACCAACAAUCAUCCAUGUGAUUAUCUAAUCAGCCAGUCGUGUGGCAGCAGUGCAGUGUAUAAAAUCAUGCAGAUACAGGUCAGGAGCUUCAGUUAAUGUUCACAUCAACCAUCAGAAUGGGGAAAAAAUGUGAUCUCAGUGAUUUGGAGCGUGGCAUAAUUGUUGGUGCCAGACGGGCUGGUUUGAGUAUUUCUGGGAUUUUCAUGCACAACAGUCUCUAGAAUUUACUCAAAAUGGUGCCAAAAACAAAAAACAUCCAGUGAGUGUCAGUUCUGUGGAUGGAAACACCUUGUU